UUUAAUUCAGUCUGACUAUCUAUCUUCAUUCUUCCACCAUUCUGAAAUGUUCUACUAUCAUAAAUUUUUAAUAUAAAAAUGUAUUAUUGAUAAUAAAUGAAACAGUAAGGUGAUACAAUGUUAAAAAUUAAUAAAUCGAUUGUUUCAAAUAAUAAAAAAAAUAAAAUGAGCGCUUUUUGGGCGUUGGUUGCAUAAACUGAGCCAAGUGAGGUUGAACGAAGUCGCCGUUGCUACCAAACAAAACAAGUUUUCUGCCGGUACUUCAUUCAGUUGACAAUAGAACUUCACUCAGCAAUGUGUGAAUGUGUGCUAGUUUUACUUUUUGUCUGAUUUUUGCUGGUUUUGCGUUAAGUUGAAAUAUUUCUUGUGAUUUAGUUGCUAUGGGAAAGAAGACCAAGAAAAAGGUUCUGAAGCACAAUCAAAAAAGGCUGAAGAAUCAGGUAAAGUUGAUCCACAACGGAGACAACCACAGCAGAAGAGGGGCUUGCCCAUUGCUGUAAUUCCAAAAGAAGGCCAUAGUGACCAGAAAGGCCGAGGAUCUAGGACCAGACUUUCUGAGUCAAUGACUAAUCUAGAACGGGACAUAGAACGACAGUCGAGGGCCUUGCGUCUUAGUCUUGAAUCCUCAGGAAUAGGCAGAAAUGGAAAACAAGACCAAAAGAGAGGACCUGAAACAACAUCCAGGAAGACUGAAUCAGGGAAAGUUGAUCCACAACCGAGAUUACAACAGCAGAACAGGGGCUUGCACCUUGCUGUAACUCCAAAAGAAGGCCGUAGUGCCCAGAAAAACCAAGGAUCUGGAGGAUUGAUUAGAAUUUCUCAGUCUUUGGUUAAUCUACAUCGACUACAUCAGGAACAGGAACCACAAAGAGGCCGUGGGAGCAGGAGAGGCAGAGGGAGAGGAUCUGGAGGAAGGGGUGGAUCUCCUCAUAGCUUAAAUACCACAAGACAAGGAAGAGGAAGAGGAAGAGGAAAUGAGAGGGCUAAUGACAACAGAUCGAACAACGGAGAAUUUCGUUCAGGACAUUCUAGUCAUGGAGCUUAUCGACAACCCAGACCAGAAAGGACUAUGGGUUUUAAAUAUGUCGAAAGACAAGUCGGCAACCCAUCGAUUCAGCAAGUGAUUUUAGACAUGUCGAAUGAUAAGAACGGUUUCAAGAAAUUAAUUGACGCCAAUGAAAUGUGCGAAGACAUGAUUGUCUUAGUGGUGAAGCUUGUUCGAAAUAUAUGCGGCUCUACAUUCGAUAAUAAUAAACUUGCGCUACUAAAUUUGGUUUUGAAAAGUAGAUUUAUGGAAAAGUUGAUUCUUUAUAUUAAUGGAAUCGUUACUCAGAGCCCGCGUGAAAAGAAGUUUAACCGAAAGUUCUGGGAGGACCCCGACGAAUUUUGGAAUGCUUUGAUCAAAAUUUCGACUACUGUACUGGAAAUAACACCAAGUUAUUGCGAUGUUAUAAUGAAACUGUUAAAAACAAUGAUGGUUUACUUUCCUCUGAUAGAAGAUGCUCACUCAAUACAAAUUCUGGACAGUAUCAAAACACAAACUGAAAAUUUAUAUGCUAUAGUUGAGAAAAAAGUUAAUAACGUGGAGAUGGAUAAGCCAAAUGUAAGGAAUAAUAUUCCUGUAGAUGAAGAUAUAGAGCCCCCGGAUGAUUUUCGUCAAAUUCCAAUCAUACCAAGUCCCCAAGAGGUUGUUAGUGACGCAUUUCCGUUUUUGAGAGAAAAUAAGAUCAUUAAAGCUUAUAACAGUGUUGACCAGUAUUUGGAUAUUCAAUUCAGAUUGUUGCGAGAAGAUUUUGUAGCCCCUUUACGUAGAGGUAUUUGCACUCAUCUCAGAAACCAACCCAAACCGAAAGAAGAUUGGAAGAAACUAGAUGAUAUUAAAAUAUAUCGUCGGAUCAGAUUUAUUAGUGUCGAAACAGUGAACGAAUUUAACUGUUACAAAAUUCGCUAUGAUUUUAGUAAGCAAAAACGGAGUUUUACUUAUGAAAAUUCUAAGAAAUUUAUGUUUGGAUCGUUGGUUUGUUUUACAAAUGAUAACUUUCAAAGUUUACUUUUUGGUAAGAUUGUACAGAGAGAUGUCAAGUUACUCGAACAGGGAUUGUUGAUUGUUGGUUUUCAUCAGGAUGUCGAGAUAAAUUUCGAGUCUGAUUAUCUUAUGGUAGAGUCUCGUGUUUAUUUUGAACCAUACUACCAAGUACUAAACGUACUCCAACACAUGAAACCAGAUACAUUUCCGAUGGAACCUUACAUUAUCAGAGUGGAAACUGGAUCUCGUCCACCAAGAUAUCUCCUGAAACCAACAGAUGUUAACUAUACUGUGGAAUUGCAAAGUUUUAAGCCCUUAAACUUUCCUCCGACAAGGUUCUAUAAUUUGAAUGAUUCACAAUUAAGUGCCUUUAGGGGUGCUCUCACUGAUGAGUUUUCAAUUAUACAGGGACCGCCUGGGACAGGAAAAACUUAUUUGGGUUUGAAAAUUGCACAAACGCUGCUUGAAAAUAAACGCGUUUGGUACAACCGUAGUCCUAUUUUAGUCAUUUGCUAUACCAAUCACGCCUUAGAUCAGUUUCUAGAAGGCUUAUUACCAAUUACCGAUGAAAUACUCAGAGUGGGAAGCCGAUCUAAGAAUGAGGCACUUAAAAAUUUUAAUUUACAAAGCAGAAGAAUUGGAGCAUACCAUAAUACGGCGGUUCAACAAAAACGAUGGGCAGUUAGAGAUUAUAUGGAAAGACUAAAGACUUUAAGUGAUAUUUUGAGUGACAUCGAUAAAAAUGAAAGUAUAUUGGAAGUUAACUGCUUUUUUGAAGUAGUAAAAAAUUUAAAGAAUACUUGGUUUGGGAAAGCUAAGUCUGAUGAUAUCAAAAAAUGGCUGUUGGAAGGUAAAAAAAGACGUGGUAAUAAUCAGCCCGCCAGGGAAAGAGAUAAUUUGAACCAGGUCCAAGAAGGUCCCGCGUCAACUGAAAAUCCAGAAGAUAUUGAUCAGGAUGAACCAGAAUUUGAAUUUUUGGACGAUAUUUUUGCUGACAUCACAACAAAGACUCGGAGACCUUUAUUAACUUUGAAUCAGUUGAACUAUAAAUAUGAAAUGCUUCGAAAAGAAUUAAUUAGUUUACCAAAAUACCCAAAAGAUUUGGAAACUGUGUUGCACUGUGAAAAACUCGAAUGGGAACUUUGGGAAACAGAAACUGAUCUGGAUUAUCUUACAGCUCAGAUGGCGCGUUACAAUGAUGUAGGUCAGAUAAGGAAACCCCGCGAUGUUGACCUUAUCAAUCCAUUUAAUAUGCGCUCAGUCGACAGAUGGGAUCUUUAUUACUAUUGGACAAGUCUUUAUGCAAAUCACCUGAGGAAUCAAUACCAGCAAAGCAGCAUUCGUUUUCGCACCUUGUAUAAAGAGUACACUGAAUUGCGUGAUAUAGAAGAUAGCGAACUUAUGACAGAACACUUGGUCAUUGGAAUGACUACUACUGGAGCUGCCAGAUUACAAUCAUCUUUACAGGCGUUAAAAAGUCCCAUUGUAAUAGUUGAAGAAGCUGCCGAGGUUUUGGAGGCUCACAUAGUGGCGGCCUUAACCAAUCAUUGUCAGCAUUUAAUUCUGAUUGGCGAUCAUCUGCAGCUAAAACCUUCAGCUGCUGAUUAUAAUAUUGAAGUGAAAUAUAAACUUGGUAUAAGUUUGUUUGAAAGAAUGGUAAUAAAUAACAUCAGAUGUCAUACGCUGAAUGUCCAACAUCGUAUGAGGCCAGAAAUAUCAAAACUCGUCAAACCUCAUAUUUAUCCUGACUUGAUGGACCAUGAAUCUACGCUGCAACGUAAUCCAAUUGCAGGCAUAGAUAGAUGUCUCUAUUUUAUUGAUCACCAAGAGCCAGAAGAUUCAUGCUCAGAUGAGAGCAAGAAAAACGUACACGAGUCAAAGUUUAUCAUCGCCUUGGCUCGCCAUUUAAUUUUAAAUGAUUAUGAAUCCAAACAAAUCACCAUUUUGACACCCUACUUGGGUCAGUAUUUCGAAAUGGUUCGUGAGAAAAAGAAACCUGGCAAUUAUCAAUUUUUACAAGAUGUUCGCAUUAGUGUAUUGGAUAAUUAUCAAGGCGAGGAAAGCGACAUUAUUCUGCUAUCGCUGGUCAGAAGUAACUUUGAAGACAAAGCCGGUUUCCUGAAGAUUCAAAAUAGAGUUUGCGUGGCCUUAUCCAGAGCUAGAGAUGGAUUUUACAUAAUAGGAAAUAUGAAUUUGCUAUUGAAGUGUGGCAGCGAAAAUGAGAUUUGGGAAAAAAUCAAAGCAGUAUUGGAUGAACAAAACGCCAUCGGUACUCAUUUGACUCUAAAAUGUCAAGUGCACCUGCAUAGAUUAACCCAGGUCAAUACUGGUGAAGAUUUUGUUAAGUUGAGCGAAGGAGGCUGCGAUUUGUUGUGCGAAGCUAAAAUUUCAUGCGGACAUAUUUGCAAAAGCUUAUGCCAUGUAAAAGACAGAGACCAUAAAUUGUAUGAGUGUAUUGAAAAAUGCAACAGAUUACUAUGUAACAACACUUCUCACGUCUGUAAGAAACUCUGCUAUAUGAACUGUGGUCCCUGCUGCUAUUUGGUAUCCAGAAAACUGGAUUGCGGCCACGAAGUCGACAUAGAAUGUCACAUCGAUCCGACUCAGUACAAAUGCCAAGUACUGGUACAUACUAAGUUGCCGUGCGAUCACGAAGCUAUGAAGCCUUGUUCAGAGGAUCCUGCGACGUUUCUGUGUCCGUUUCCUUGCGAUACGCGUGUGGAACCUUGCGGACAUCCUUGUAAGAGAAACUGUCAUAUUAGAAUUGAUCCUGAUCAUUUGAAGUACAAAUGCACAAAACAAUGCGACAAACCUCGAAAAGGUUGUCAACAAUCUGAAGACGAAAAGCACAUGUGUAACAGAUUCUGUUAUGAGGAUUGCGAAAAAUGUUAUGUUUGCGUGAGGAAAAUGAAGUCUUGCGGCCAUUGUUAUGAUAUACCUUGUAGAGAUAAUGUCGAGGACAUUAUUUGCGAAAGACGUUGCAAUAAGAAAUUGCCCUGCGACCAUCCUUGCAAGAGCAAAUGUUUUGAAGAUUGUGGACCUUGUCAAGUAGUGGUAUCAAAGACCAUUCCUGAUUGCAAUCACACAGUCAAAAUUCAGUGUUGGAAAAAGCCGGAAAGGCAAUUGUGCCAUUCCCAAAAAUGCCCCAGGGUGCUUAAAUGCGGCCAUGAUUGCAAAAGAGCUUGUAAAUUAACUUGCACCGAAAAUUGCCAGGAAAUGGUUGAUUGUCUCAUACGAGCACCUUGUGGACACGACGUUAAAAAAAUUAUGUGCCAUUUGAGAAAUACCACUGAUUCCAAAAUCCUAUUGAAGUACUGUACUGAGCCGUGCAAGAUGGAACUCAAGUGUAAAACUCGCAAUUUGCCACAUCUCUGUUCAGGCACGUGUGGCGAAUGCAUGCAGGGUCGUAUACAUCGAAGAUGUACUGAAAAAUGUGGAGUGAGGCUUGUAUGCAAUCACGAAUGUCCGAUUCCUUGUCGACAGGCCUGCAAACCGUGUUCUUUGCCUUGUCGAAUAAGGUGCACUCACAGCAAGUGCACCAAAAAAUGCGGCGAACCUUGUACGCCGUGUAAAGCUCCAUGUAAUAGAAAGUGUGAGCAUGUAGAAUGUAGGCGGUUCUGUGGAGAAAUUUGUAACGUGGAUCCCUGUAAAGAAAAAUGUCCAAAAUCUUUAAAAUGCGGUCACCCAUGCGUCGGUUUUUGUGGCGAUCCUUGUCCACCAUUGUGUCGUAUUUGCGACCAGGAAGAACUGACAGAAAUAACCUUCGGAACGGAAGAAGAUGAAGAUGCAAUUUUCGUUGUCCUUAAAGAUUGCAAUCAUGUUCUAGAAUCAUCAGGAUUGGAAACUUGGUUGAAUCAAAACGACGACAUGAUUGGGCUCAAAACUUGCCCCAAGUGUACCACAACUAUUACUAGUACAGAAAGAUAUAGUGGUUAUAUCAAACGUUCAAUACAAGAUAUAUCAAAUGCCAAACAAAUAUCAUUCGGAUUAGCCAAAGAAAAUGAAGCCCUAAAGAAUAAACUAUCUGCUGAUUUAGAGGAAUUAAUUAAGACCAACACUUCAAGUAACUUAAUGAAAGAGUGUUAUGCCCUUCAAUUCACCAUAAAAACCCUAUUGAAUCGUCUAAAACCAGCCAAAAACAAUCGCAGACAGCCGAUUAACAAAAUCGAAUUAAAUGCCAUUACUUCGAAAACUCAAACGAUCGUUGGUAUUAUCGAAUGCUUCAAAGAUGCCAAAUGUAGCUUCAACGAUAAGGACGAGUCGAUUCAACACGUCAAAAUUCUCUUGGAAGUGCUGAUGCGGUCAGAAGAUCAUGUGACUAACCAGGAAGUUGAAGACUUGGAAUGGGAAAUUCAACGAUUGCAAAGAAUCGUGCAGUUUGAUGAUAUUCAAAAGUCUGCGCAAUUUAGGAUGGCCUCUAUUCGCCCAGAUGUAACGAAACUUAAAGAUAAUAUUAAGGAAGUUUUGCUUGGGAAUAAAAGAUAUACCAGUUUCUUGGAUGAAGCUAUCAAGAAGAACUUGAAUGAGUUAAUUCAGAAAGUAGACUGCGCGGUUCAAAUUUCUGAUAAGGAACGUCUGGAAAUAGUGCAAGCUUUGAAUUUUAGGCAAGGGCAUUGGUAUAAAUGUCCAAACGGGCAUCCAUAUGUCAUCGACGAUUGUGGAGGGGCAAAUCAAAUUUCUACAUGUAUUUGUGGUGAGAAAAUAGGAGGAACGAAUCAUCAUCUUUUGCGAAGUAAUGCACUGGCUGGUGAAAUGGAUGGUGCGACACGUCAUGCUUGGCCUGGAGGUUUAUAUUGAAACUCAAAAAAUUAUUUUGUGUUCAUAAAUUUACUAUUAUUCUUCUGUUUAAUAUUUUUAUCGUAACUAUUAGUUAUAAGUGCCUUACAUUUGAGUUUUUCACAUUGUAGCCCUAAUUUUAAUACACCAACUUUUGCAUCUGGGAUAAAUUUGCUAAAUGAGACAGUAAGAGAAAAAUUUAAUGAAUUGAUUCUUGAUUUUUACUGCACCGUGAAUAUUUUCAAUAAGAAUUAUAUGGAAAUAGUAUCUUUGGUCAUUUACAUUGGUCCAAACAGGUAUAUCCAUAGACCUCCUAUAAUUGAUUGUGGGGGCGGAGGAAUUGCUGAAUGUUUUUUUUUUGGGCUAGAAUUCCAAGAAUAUUAUUUUACUAGAAAAUGUAAUAGCUGGUGGAAAGGAUCAUGUCUAGCGAGUAAUUUUAUAUUAUUUAGUUUAGUUAUUAUUUUUCAUAAGUUAUUACUUAUAAGUGCCUUACAUUUAAGCUUAUCAUCAUGUACCCACAAUUAUAAGGCACCAACUUUUGCAUCUGGAAUGAGACAUUAAAUUGCUGGAUGAGACAAAAAAUACAACGAAUCAUCUUUUACCAAAUAAUGCAAUGGUUGGUGGAAAGGGUAGUAUGAUAGGUCAUGCCUUGUUAUUUAAAAUUUUAUUAAUAAUUUUUGUGUAUGUUGUAUCUCAAAAAUGCUCAAUGUUGAGUUCACCAUAAUCAUUGAUAAACUUAUGAGUGAAUCUUUUGUUGUCCAAGAUUAAUGUUACUGCUCAGAAUAAAUCGAUUAGAUAAUCUGCAAAAUUACUUUCAGUAUUUUAGGCAAUUUGAAAAAUGUAUCAUGUUCACUGGAAUUUUUUAUAAAUGGUUGCAAAUCAUCAUGGAAUUUUCAAAUUAAAAAACAGAACAAAAAUCAUAAUUCAAUCACUUCCCAUAACCGGGUGAAAGUCAUAGCUCCAUAACAAUAAUUUAAAUAAUUUCCGGCCCAUCGAACAGAUCUAUUUUACAUUGAUUUUUGCAUCGUAAUAAACACCCGUUAAAUUUUCGCUUUGUUAACUUACAAAGUGAAUUUUUUGGCCAUUGAAAAUAGACGCGGGAACUCUAUUCAGUUAUUCGCAUAGAAAGUGACGAUAAUUUACAUUGAUAAAUCACAGUCAACAAAUAAUCAAAAUAAAUUAUCUUCUCAUAGCAGCAGAGUUUCUGGAUAUGCUUGACUGGUAAACAAAUUAUAAAACUAAAAAUCCGUAAAACUUAUGACAAUUUUCCCAUAAGAUUAUUUGACUUGAAAAAAAAAGGGGUUCGAUUAUUGAGCAUUCAUGGGUGGUCUUUGUUUUUAUUACAGGAAUGACAUUAGGCAUUUAAGAAUUGGUAAUUAAAAUGCAUUAUUUUUGUUCAUGGUAUUUUGUAAUGUUUAAUGAAGGGCUACAAUAUGCAGGUUUUUGAUUUUACACUGCAUCUGCCCUAAAAAAAUCUAUCAUUUGAUUUAAAAAAGAUUCAAUAAAAAAAAGGAACUUCCUGUC